AACUUAGAAACCUACCGCUUGAGGAAACAUUGCGAAUAACAUGCGCAUACUUGAAGCGCUUGAUACAUUUUUACUGCGUCACCCUUGUUUUGCUUCCUGAGAGAAGAAAAGUAUCGUUUCAGUUUUGUCAUUUAUGUUCUCGUGUUUAAAAAUCCCAUUUUGUAUCUGGCAUUUUGUGUGCAACGUAUUUGAUAUUGUAUGACUCCAAAAGCAUAAUCAUCGUUUCACCUAGACGGAUAUAUUUUUAUUUUAAAGGGCGGCCGAAAUUAUCUGCUCCCUGUUUCCUCACACGAGACAGUAAGGCAAUCGUGCAUCAGUGCAGCAACAUUUUUGAGAUGCACACCCUUAGAAACCAAUCACAGUACUUUUAUUUUAUUAUGUUCAUAAUGUCGUGUUAAAGGCUCGUCGUGCUUAUUAUAUUGUAUAGUGUAUUGUUAUUAUAGUUUUUAUUUAAUUUUUUUAAUUACCUUGCACCUUAUUUUAAUUCUAUUUUUAUUGUUAUUUGCUACUAUUUUAUUAUUAUUAUUUGUCUUGUCAUUAUCUGUUUUGUGUAUUAAUGCUUUGGCAAUAUUGUAUGUAAACAAUCAUGCCAAUAAAUUACUUUAAAUUUAAUAGAGAGAGAGAGAGAGAGAGAGAGAGAGAGAGAGAGAGAGAGAGAGUGUGUGUGAGAGAGAGAGAGAGUGUGUGUGUGUGUGAUUGUGUUAGUUGUCUCCUGACAUCAAUACAUUUGUAAUAUGUAAUAACAGGCAAUUCAUGUGAGUGUUUGUAUCACCCUCUUCUUUUAAAUCCCGGAUCAGAUGACAGAGUAGAAGAUUUAACUGGUUUGCUAUUGGUUUUCAGUUGUUACUUUGGGUUGAUGAGCCUUUUUUUGUAUUAUUAUUUCACCUGAGGCAGGUGCAGAAUGGGAGGCAUACAAAUCUUUUUUUUUCAUGGGGUUUAAAUUGCAUUUCUUUUAUCAUGCCAUCACGAUUAUGCGUUUUGUUUACACAACGUAAAUAUUUACAUGUUACGAUGGUUUUUAUUGUUAUAAAGUCAGGUUUUUUAUAUUUUGCCGUUAUGGCAUGUACCACUACAGGAUUUAUCGACGUUACAUGUUCAUGACAAUGCGGUGUAAUAUUGGCUAUAAAUUUAAUCAGAUAAGGUUUGUAAGUAAUUUUAUCACACUAAAAUCAUUUUAACAAUGUUUACAUCUUUUAUAGGGAUGUUAAUGAUUAACCAUAAAUCGAUUAAUCCUUGUAAAUAAUUUGAUCGAUUAAGCUUAUCGAUCGUCAAUUAGUUUCAGCACAAAUUUGUUCAGUAAUCAUGCAAUCAGACGUUGAGAUAAGUCUGUCUAUACAGUCAUCCGCCGCUAGAGGGCACUUGGCACUGCAUGUCACUUCUUAUCCAAAACAAGUGCACACCCAUGAUCAGAGAUGAAGCGGGCUCAAUGUAGGAGCGUUUAAUGUUUUCUGCACACACCAUGAUAGUGUGUUAAAUACAACAUAACAGCAAGCACUGUAAUUAUCCUUCUUUCAUCCUAUAUUUUAGGGAUUUGUUCCCGAUGUUUACCAAAAACAUGAUUUCCCAUUUUAGUCCUUAUGAGAAAGUAAUGCGUAACAAGUUUCCAGGAAAGCUCUCUUGUCAUCCUCAAGUAGUUCUGGUUCCCAUGGAGAAGUGUAGUACAGAGGACUUCAAGGAGACUUUCAUGACACAAGCUCAAGAGUAGUAGAUGGAACUGGUGGAGAUUCCAGCUCACACAGAACUCAAGCAGAUUGCUCCUCCAGAAACGCACUACAUUUUUGUGGAGCUGGAUACAGACGAGAAGCUGUUUUAUCGAUUGAAGAAACAAUUCCCUCUACAGUUUGGCAGGGAAGUGUUAGCAAUUGAAGCAGUGUUGAACAUCCCCAUGCGUGCUGACUGGAGAGAGUGUAAAUGCGCAAGGGAAGAGGAAGAGGAUCUGACCAAACACAUCCAUUCUGACUUCAGCCCUUCGACCUUGUCAUCGAUGUUUAAGUACAUUUCAGGUACAUCCAACUUAAACCCUUCAUGUUCAUGUGCAAAACCUUCAUGAACCUUCUUAAUAAGGUCAUUAUGAUGUCUGAGUAAAGUGUCCAUAAUGUUUUUGUUUUUUUAAUUUAAUAUUGUUUACUUUUUAUGCUUUUAAAAUAUUGCGCAAUGGACACUUUUCCUCAUUUUUUUGCACAGUGUUCAAGAGAUGUGCUUUGUUUUUAAAUUGAGG